AUGAAUACAGCCAUUUCUGCUGAAAUAGAUUUAUUAAGCAAUUUUCGAUAGAAAAAAUACGAGCUUCGAAGGAGGUUGAACUAGCUUGAUCUUGAAAAAGAUAAACUAAUUGAUGCUAAGACUUUUGAAAACGAAGUUUAUAAACUUGGUAUUGUGAUUCAGUCUUCACAGUUGGAGGCUAUAAAGCAAAAAUAUCAAGAUACUAAAAAACCUCACAUGAUCAAAUACAUAGAUCAAAAAAGUGUAAGAAACAAAUAGCAUUAAAAUGAAAUAUAGCAAAUGGGUUUUAUGAGACACUAUGAGUAUAAUUGGUAAUCUCCAACAAACAUAAAAUGUACAAGAGUUUAGAAUAAGCAAACUGAAGAAACAUAGCAGGAAUAACAGUGUUAUCUUGGUAAAUCAAAGUCAAGAUAAUAGAUCUAUGGAACUCUCAGAAACAUCAAGCUUCUCAAUAAAAUUAUGAAGAAUUCUUCAUCUAAUCCAUAGAGUGAGUUAAAGCUCUUACACCAAAGUCCAAUUCACAACCAAGACUAUGGUACUAGUAAAGAAAUACAAGAAAAGUUAAUUAAAAAGAGACAAAUAACUGUACUAGACUCUUUUGUCGCAAAGGAUUUAUCAUGUGCUAGUAAGAGCAGAAAUAUUUACAAAAACAAGCAGAAUAGCAUUUUUCUGAAAGCUUCUAACACCACAAUAUUUGAUCCAUAAUAAAAGCAUGGAAUUUAACUAUUCCUUAAAAGAGAGAAGGUUGAUAUUAAAAAUCUUAUGGAUUUGAAGCAAGCAUUUAUCCUAGCAGACAAUCUGAAUCUAGGUAUUAUAAAAGAGUAGGAGUAUCUAAAUGUGUUAUCCAACUAGGGAAAAAGAUAUUAGGAUUCAUUUUUCGGCGAAUUUCUGAGACUCAUAAGAACUUCUACAGUAUAAAAUAAUCAAGAAAAUGAGGUAUACUUAAGCUAUGCGAAGUUAAUGUCAAUUAUUGAUAUAUUCCUACAAUAUCCUGCAAGAUCUGUGAAGGAGAGCAAUAACUCACAAAAUGUGAAAAAUACAUUAGAAUUCGAAUCAGAAAUGGCUUUGACUAGUGAGGAAGACCUUAAUAGGUUACUAAAGCAUGUGCACCUUAGAAUUGAGGAGAAAUUUAAGAGUUUUCGGGAUGCCUUCAGAGCAAUUGAUUAAAACUUUGAUGGAAGCUUAUCGUUCAAGGAAUUUAUAGAAGGACUUGAAAAUUUUGGGAUUUAAUAUACUCUAGGGGACUUCAGAAAAGUCUUUGAGUAUCUCGAUCACAAUCAUAUGGGAUGCAUCGAUUUUAAAAAGUUUUGCUAGAUAAACAUUGGGAGUGUUCAGAGAGUCAAGAUAAAACAGAAUUAAUCUCUUUCUCAAAUUAAUUUAGAAAAUCUCAAUCUCAAAAGACCACCUCUACCUCAUAACGUAUCUUAGCUAUCAAUAUUUACUGAAAAGUAGAAAAAUACUUCAUUUGCUAAUGGUCUACCUCCUAAGAACUAGGACAUGAGCUCUUUUUCAAAAACAAUACAAAAAACGUCUGUAUCAGAGGCAAAAUUAAAAGUUAGAAGAUCAAGCGAGUUACCAAGUCAAACUAACGAAAACUAUGCUUAUGGAUCAAGGAACUAAGUAGAUCAUAAUAUGGAAGCUCUCAUUAGUAACUCAUAUUAAGAAAUUCAAGAACUCGGCAUUUCACGAAACAAAAAGUAUCUAAAAACUUUUAUAACACCAGAACCUGAAAAGACUCCUCUAAAAAACCAGCCACAUCAAAAUACUAUUACUUAAAUUCUGCGAUAAUAAUCUAUUAAGAAAAAAUAUCUUUCAUUUAUCACAAAGCAAAUAUCAUUCAAACCUCUUAGGACAAAAUAAUUACAAUUAUAAAUAUAGAACAGGAUUGAGGAACUUAAAGCUGAGAAAUAGAGUUAGAAGAGUGAAUAGGAAUGA